AUGCUCGGCAAGAUCGCCCUCGAAGAGGCUUGGGCCAUCCCAGAGAACUUCAAAGCCUACGAUGUCUCGUCACUGGCGCCAAAGGGCGUCAUCGGCGGGGACCUGAUCGCCAACCUGCUGGACGUGCACGGGACGCGGCUGGAGCAGAUGGACGAGAACGGGGUGGAGACGAUGGUGCUCUCGCUCUCGUCGCCGGGGCCGCAGGGCGUGACGGAUGCGAGAGAGGCGGAGGCGCUGGCCAGCCUAGCCAACGAGCGGCUCGAGUCCGAAGUAGGGCGCAACCCGACCCGGUUCGCGGCCCUAGCGUCGCUGAGCCUCCACGACCCGGCACAGGCGGGGCGCGAGCUCAGGCGAUGCAUCACCGAGAGGAAGGGGUUCGUGGGCGCCAUAGUUAACGACUUCCAGAGCGCGGGGCCCGACAAGAACACGAUGAUCUUUCUCGACCGGCCCGAGUGCGACGCCUUCUGGCGCGUGGCCGAGGAGCUUGACGUGCCCGUCUACGUCCACCCGCGCGAGGCCACGCCGCUCAUCUACGAGCAGAUGUGGAAGGACCGUCCGUGGCUGGCCUUCUCGGCGCUGGGCUACGCGCACCGCGUCGGCAUGCACGUGCUGGGCAUCGUGACGGCGGGCGUGCUCGACCGGUUUCCGGGGCUCAAGAUUGUCAUUGGGCACAUGGGGGAGCACAUUCCGUACGAUCUGUACCGCAUCGACCACAAGCUCAACCGGGCGCGGUUCCCGCAGAUGCCCAUGUCCAAGGACAAACUGGUGCGCGACUACUUUGGCACGCAGCUGUUCAUCACGACGUCGGGCCACUUCUCGACGCCGGCCCUGCUCUGCGCGCUGCAAGAGAUUGGGGCGGGGGCCGUCAUGUUCUCCAUCGACUACCCGUUUGAGAGCAUCCCCAACGGCUGCGUGUGGUUCGACGACCACGUCCCCAUCAAUGGCCGCGACCUCGUUGACAUUGGCCGCAACAACGCGCUCCGCAUAUUCAAGCGCCUGCAGCUCAGCCCACACGGGCUCGGCGAGAAGGAGCCCCGCGAGUGCGGCGUGGGAGGCCUUGGCCUUGUGCGCGCGCGCGAGAGAGAGAGAGGCGGCGAGCGGCCCAGAAGACCAGAGGCAACGCCAACGGCGGAGGUGGAGUAUGGCCUAUACAACAAGGACUGGAGCAAGAGGCUGGAGAGACGCCCAGAAUCUCCGACGGCGCACACGGACAAUUCUGUGCAACAUGGCGCACGACGAGCCUCGAAUGUUCCCGUGCCCCGUGUCGUCCAGAGUAUUGGCGUGGGAGUUACAAUUUGA